AAUCGUCUAAAUUUUUUGGAUAAACGACGUUUGCUUUUUGUGAUUUUUACAGUACUUCUCUGCAAGUCACUGGGUGGUAUGGGACCAUGGCAGCCAUGGUCUCUAUGCAGUGCAUCGUGUGGAGAGGGAGAACAGACCCGGAGGCGAGAUUGCUUAAUUCCUUCUCUCCAGAGCGAGAGAAGGAUACAAACGAUGCAUUCAAACGUCUUUGGUUGCAGAGGUAACAAGAGUAUGAUAACCAGACGGCCUUGUAAACUGGUACCAUGUUCAUACUUUAAAACCGAAUUAGACCCUUCAUCGAUACCAGCCUUCUCGUACGCAUUGACGGAUCCAGCAGAAAUCCUACAUCAAUACCGUGAUGAAGACAACUCAGCAGCGGCCGUCGACGCAUACGGAUACAUCGCAUACGAUAACGAUUCGACGUCGAAGACCACGACGGAUGAUGACGGUUGUUCUGUGUUCAACCAGUCACUCGCAUGCAGAAAUUCUAGCAGUAAUCACGUCAGGUUAAGAAGAGCAAUACGUAUAGCAAUGGGCGAAAUGAUUUACUCAAACUGGACGCCAUGGGCGAGGUGCUCGUGCACCACUUCAAUGCACACCCGAUAUCGGUUUUGCAUAGUAGGCAUGCGAAGGUGUAUACGAGCCAAGGGUCUGUUUCCGACCGAAGAGACAGAACCGUGUCAAUGCGGAGAUACACGUGGGUCACAGAGGGGUAAGAAAAACCACCUCCGAUCUCGGAGUAAGACCUAA